AUGCCAGCACGGAGAAGAGGUGCUUCCAUAGUUCCAUUGAAUGAACUGUUUCUAAAGUCGAGGGUCAAUUUAUCCGUGAAAUUUGUGACAAUCAUCGUUCCACUAACCAAUCUCGAAAUCUGCGGGUCAUUGAGUUUAAUCAACCGUCAGCUUGUCCGUCAAAUCAUUCAAGAUUCACUACGAAUCCGCAGAGAUUCAUUGACGAAUUUAAACAGAUUUCAAGAAUCGGAGAGAUUUAAGUUAUAG